AUGAAGAAGACUGUUGUGGAACUGGGAAGUAACAGCCCUCCACAGAGAAACUGGAAGGGCAUCGCUAUUGCCCUCCUGGUGAUUUUAGUUGUGUGCUCACUCAUCACCAUGUCAGUCAUCCUCUUAACCCCAGAUGAACUCACAAAUUCGUCAGAAACAAGAUUGUCUUUAGAUGACCUGUUCAGGAAAGAAUUUGUGCUGCAUGACCCAGAAGCUCGAUGGAUUAAUGAUACAGACUUGGUGUAUAAAAGCGAGAACGGACAUGUCAUCAAACUGAAUAUAGAAACAAAUGCCACCACGUUAUUGUUGGAAAACACAACUUUUGUAACCUUCAAAGCCUCAAGACAUUCGGUUUCACCAGAUUUAAAAUAUGUUCUUCUGGCAUAUGAUGUCAAGCAGAUAUUUCAUUAUUCGUACACUGCUUCAUACGUGAUUUACAACAUACACACUAGGGAAGUUUGGGAGUUAAACCCCCCAGAAGUGGAGGAUUCCGUCUUGCAGUACGCAGCCUGGGGCGUGCAGGGGCAGCAGCUGAUUUAUAUUUUUGAAAAUAAUAUCUACUAUCAACCCGAUAUAAAGAGCAGUUCAUUGAGAUUGACAUCUUCUGGGAAAGAAGGAAUUAUUUUUAAUGGAAUUGCUGACUGGUUAUAUGAAGAGGAGAUUCUGCAUUCUCACAUCGCCCACUGGUGGUCCCCAGAUGGAGAGAGACUUGCCUUCCUGAUGAUAAAUGACUCGCUGGUGCCUAAUAUGGUUAUUCCCCGGUUUACUGGCGCACUGUAUCCCAAAGGGAAACAGUAUCCCUACCCAAAGGCAGGUCAAGUGAAUCCAACAAUAAAACUGUAUGUUGUAAACUUAUAUGGACCGACUCAUACUUUGGAACUUAUGCCACCGGACAGUUUUAAAUCAAGAGAAUAUUAUGUCACUAUGGUUAAAUGGGUAAGCAAUACCAAGACGGUGGUAAGAUGGUUAAAUCGGCCUCAGAACAUCUCCAUUCUCACUGUGUGUGAGACCACCACGGGUGCUUGUAGUAGAAAAUAUGAGAUGACAUCAGACACAUGGCUCUCAAAACAGAAUGAGGAGCCUGUGUUUUCCAGGGAUGGCAGCAAGUUCUUCAUGACUGUUCCUGUUAAGCAAGGUGGCCGUGGAGAAUUUCAUCAUAUAGCUAUGUUCCUUGUGCAGAGCAAAAGUGAGCAAAUUACUGUGCGGCAUCUGACAUCAGGAAACUGGGAAGUGAUCAAGAUCUUGGCGUAUGAUGAACAUACUCAAAAAAUUUACUUCUUGAGCACGGAGAGUUCUCCCAGAGGGAGGCAGUUGUACAGUGCUUCUACUGAAGGAUUACUGAAUCGACAAUGCAUUUCAUGUAAUUUUAUGAAAGAGCAGUGUACAUAUUUUGAUGCCAGUUUUAGUCCCAUGAAUCAACAUUUCUUAUUGCUUUGUGAAGGUCCACGAGUCCCAGUGGUCAGCUUGCAUAGUACGAACAACCCAGCAAAGUAUUUUCUAUUGGAAAGCAAUUCUGUGCUAAAGGAAGCUGUCUUGAGGAAGAAGAUUGUAAAGUCAGAAAUUAAAAUCCUCCAUAUUGACGACUACGAACUUCCUUUACAGUUAUCCCUUCCCAAAGAUUUUAUGGACCGAAACCAGUAUGCUCUUCUGUUAAUCAUGGAUGAAGAGCCUGGAGACCAGCUGGUUACUGACAAGUUCCACAUUGACUGGGAUUCUGUGCUCAUCGACACAGAUAACGUUAUUGUGGCAAGAUUUGAUGGCAGAGGAAGUGGAUUCCAGGGCCUGAAAAUUUUGCAGGAGAUUCAUCGGAAGUUGGGUUCAGUGGAAGUAAGAGACCAGAUAGCAGCUGUGAAAUUUUUGCUGAAACAGCCAUACAUUGAUCCCAAAAGAUUAAGCAUUUUUGGAAAGGGGUAUGGUGGCUAUAUUGCAUCGAUGAUCUUAAAAUCAGAUGAGAAGUUGUUUAAAUGUGGAGCUGUGGUUGCACCCAUCACGGACCUGAAAUUGUACGCUUCAGCUUUCUCUGAACGAUACCUUGGUCUGCCAUCGAAGGAAGAAACCAUGUACCAGGCGACCAGUGUGUUACAUAAUAUACACGGCUUAAAAGAGGAGAAUAUAUUAAUAAUUCAUGGUACUGCUGACACAAAAGUUCAUUUCCAGCAUUCAGCAGAAUUAAUCAAGCACCUAAUAAAAGCUGGAGUGAAUUAUACUAUGCAGGUCUACCCAGAUGAAGGUCACAAUGUGUCAGAGAAAAGCAAGUAUCAUCUGUACAGCACACUCCUCAGAUUCUUCAGUGAUUGCUUAAAGGAAGAAAUAUCUGUGUUACCACAGGAACCAGAAGAAGACGAAUAAUGGACCCUAUUUAUACAGAACUGAAGGGGAUGUUGAGGCUCAAUGAAACCUAAGCAAGAGAAUGUCAUAAUGUAGGGG